UUUCCAUGGUUGGAAAUGUAGGACAUAAACCUCUCACAAUAGAUUUUCCGAUCGAUUGCCGACAGAGACGAUCAGAGACGGCUCUUUAAUAGCAGGUGUAGAAUUGCAAAUAGAGUUUCCCCAUUUUAAUCUUAAAUAUCGAUGUGAACUUGCUUUUGAACUAUACUGGCUUAACUAAUAGUUGAAUUCAUCACGCAGGCGAAUAGACACGAUCGCACGUAAACUAAUACUUGUUUAAAACUCACAAUCAAGUAAUGAUUAACAGAAAAGAAAUGUUUCUGCAUAAAUUUCAGUUGUUUCCUCAUAGCCUCAUAACGAUCAACUUGCAACUGAUACGUUAUCUGAAUGAAUAUUGCCAGUCUGAAACGUAAAUAUAAAUAUAAUUGAAAUACUUUAAUACGGAUAUAUGAACACUCCACGGUUUCUAAGCAGCUACUAAUGAUAUAUGAUUUAAAUUGUUGACAGGCGAUCAGUAUGUUCGAUCCAAUUUUAAUGUGACAAUCCGUGUGUGCGUGUUUAAUUUUGCAAAGAAUUUUUUAGUGAUACCGUACACCACAGUUUACAUAUUGAAUUUUUUGGUAUCCUUUGGUGAUUCACUUCUGUAAUAAUAGAGUAACUACUUUGCGUGAUCAUACAAAAUGUGAAUAUCAAAAGAAAAAGGCCGAUUAGUUUCACGGAAUAUAAAACGCAUGCGCCGAAAUCGAAAACAUUGUUAAUUUUCAAGUGGAAGGCGGUAGUAGAAUAUCAUUCAUACCACUAGCAAAGACAUAUUAGAUGUCUCUGAUACUAUAGUGUCAGUCAAUGAACGUAAAACGUAAAUGGAAAAUGUUUAAUUAAUGUGGAAUAUUGUGAACAAUGUCGAUGCCACCUAGGACUCCGAGACAACAGUGCUAUCUAUGUGAUUUACCACGUAUGCCAUGGGCUAUGGUUCAUGACUUUUCGGAACCUGUGUGUCGGGGUUGUGUAAACUAUGAAGGGGCUGAUAGAAUUGAAAUGGUGCUCGAUGCGGCAAGGCAAAUGAAACGGAAUCAUGGAUUCCACGACGGGCGCCAGUGUAUAAAACCUAUUGGACAAAUUCCCGGAAAUAGAGCUAAUUUGGAACACUUUGAACAAUCUAGAGCUUCAUCUGCAGACCGUUUUGAAAGUAGACAAAGAGGUGUUAUGAACGAGUUCCCACCUCGUCUGACAAAUGGAAUUCACAACAGACCGGAAGAAAAUAUUGUUGAACAUUCUAGGGGACACAUUUUCCCGGUGUCUGUUAACCGUUCAGUGUUUCCAAUACACCCAUCAAUUCACAGCAGUGGAAUGAAUGUACCGACUCGACAUCCCUACGGCGCAAUCCCGGGUUCGAAUAUUGCUCAUGGUCCAACAGUUGGUACAAUAAAUGGAAAGAGAGAACAUGAUGACGAGGAUAUAACAAACAGUAGUUUAAAUGCUGAUGAUAUAUUUAAAUUCAGUAGUCAAGACGAGAUAGUUAAGCGACCACCAAUGAUACGUGAUUCAACUAACCUCCUUUCUACAUCAGCACCAUUCGAAAUACGAUUCAAAAAGGAUCACAAUAUCUACGGCAGAGUGUUUGCAUUUGAUGCUACUUCAAAAAAUGGCAUUGAAUACGAGUUAAAAGUAUACAUGGAAUAUCCCCUAGGUUCUGGGAAUAUAUAUACAAGUGCGACAAGUGUUGCAAAGCAGAUGCACUAUGAUAGUAUGAAAGAGAUUGGAAAGGGGCUUUCCUCUGGUUAUAAAUAUAUUGAGUACGAAAUGAAACAUGGGAGUGGAGACUGGAAAAAUUUAAGUGACUUCUUAUCAGAGACUGUGCGUUUCUUUAAAGAACCUGCAAAGCAGGAUCUUGUUCCUACUCAGUAUCAGCAUCCAAAUUUACCACCACUUCCCACUCCAGGAAAUAUUCAUAGAACUUUACCAACUGGUCAUGCAAGAAUGAUUGGACACCAGGCAUCGUUUGAAAGUCAGAUUAAGAAGCGCAAAACAUCACCUGAACCAGAAAAUGACUUUGGUGAACAAAGAAAGAGACAACAAUGGAUUCAGAGCCAAUCUGAAGCCCUAAAAUUGACAAUUAAUUCAGCAACGUAUGGACCUACAAGUUCGACGUCGAUGUCUCCCAUUGGAAACAACACUGUGACAGCAACACCCCCAGAUGGAGUAAAUGGACCUCAUAACGGGCCAUCACCAAUGGCAGCUUUGAUGACUGUCACAGAUAAUAUUUCAUCUGGUUCUUGUUCUCCGGGCACUCACAAUUCUCCUAACGGCGUUCUCCCAAGGAGCAGGUUGACAACAGGUCACCCACAAAUAGCAGAUGGAAUUAGUGGUAACACUCAUCCCGAGUCGUCAGUUUCUAGUUCAGAAUCUUUACGAUGUACCCUAUGUCACGAACGUCUAGAGGAUACUCAUUUCGUACAAUGUCCAUCUGUUGCGGAUCACAAAUUUUGUUUUCCGUGUUCUAGAGACAGCAUAAAGCGACAAGGUGCAGGGACAGAAGUAUAUUGUCCGAGUGGAAAGAAAUGUCCUCUUGUGGGUUCUAACGUUCCUUGGGCAUUCAUGCAAGGAGAGAUCGCUACUAUUCUCGGAGAUGAUAUAAAAGAUAUAGCAAAAAUCAAAAAGGAAAGGGACACAUGAAAUUUAAGCUUAUGUACCCUGCCCUGGGUAUAUUUUAUAUCAUGAGAGAACUGAAUUCUACAGAUGAGUUACGAAUUGAGAAUGAAGACAUGAUUCAUUGCUAUAUGCAAGUUGGAAUAUACCUUGAUGUGCUUUUUUUUUAAAGAAAGGUGUGAAUGUAAUCAGGAAUAAGAUUCUCUUCAAGUGGAUGUCAUUUGUAUCCGAGUAACAGCAGAUAGUUUGAGAUUUUCAGAAACAUUUAACUAGUGUACUGAUUGUCUUAUAUAUAGACUAUUAAUCCGUUUUGGACGACCGUUGAUGAGAGGACACGUGUAAAGUUUGGGACAUCAUUGUUGUUAUUUGUGUUUUAAUAGCAUUGUGUAUUGUUGCUGUUUUGUGACAGUUAACUCAAUAAUUAUCGAGAAUUCGAACUCCUUUGACUUACUUAUAACAGGAAAAUAUUUGCAUUGUAACACGUUAAUUGACAAAUUCGUAAAUAGAUCUAAAUAAUGUGAAUUUUCUCAAGAACAUCGUUUCGAAUGAAAUUAGGUGACAGACAUUUAACUUGAUUUAUUUGAAACGUUAAAGGGGAACAAACUCAAUUACGUCGUGUAAAAUCAAUUGAAUCGUGUAUUGGAUCAAUAGAUGUAUAAAUUGUUUCUAUAAUGCAUCGUUACCUGUUGCUAUCGUAUUUCUUUUUUAUCCUAGAUAAAGUCCAUUUUAAGAAAUUUGAUAUACAAACCAAACCGUCAACGUCUCCAUUCUGUGCAAGUUGAUAUACAGUCAUGACAGUAGUAUUCUUAUUCUAUACAGGGACUAUAUAAGUCCUUGUUCUAUACUUUAAUUAGCUACAAGUUGAUUCAAUAUUUGCAGAGACUAACUGACUGCUAUUGAAUGAAUAUUUGUCCAAUAUUUUUUUACCAGAGGCAAAUGUAAAUUAGGCGGAUCCAAGGUGGGGGGGGGGGGGAUUUUGCUUUUACCAAUCUUGCAAAGCCUGCAAAUCUUUCUUUAUUAAAUUUUGUGAAAGAGCAAGGGAUAUAAAGAAAACCUAUUUAAAGAUGGUUCAGAUUCAGUUCAUGUCUACUCUAAUUUCUUUUAACUUGGCUGGACUAUUGAUUACCUUUGGAGAACACAGUUAGAAGAAUGGUGAAUGCCUGGAGCAUUAUUGAGGGAAAUAAAGAAAAUGUGGGGGACAUUUUUAAUGUUGAAAUUCACUCACCUAGGCCACAGAUCCAAGUGAGCUUUUCUCAUCCAUUGGCAUUCAUCAUCAUUAAACCAUUACAAAAAUCUUCUCGAGAAACUUCUAUGCCAAAUCUAACAACACUUGGUCUCAAUCAUCAUUAGUAUAUUUCAUGCCCAAGCUGUGGUGGAUGGAGCAUUAAGUUUGACCCUUAUCUAUCUGUAUGUCCGUCUGUAAUUCGCAAAGUUAGUUUCUAUUCUCUAACUUCAGUUUGGCUCAACCAAAUGUCAUGAAACUUAUACACAAUGCUAACUACCACAUAACGCAAAAUUAAUUUGAAUUUUGGUGCUGUCACUUUAUUCAUUCUAGAAUUAUGCCCCUUUUAAAAAAUAUGAAAAAUAUUUAGUUUCUGUUCUCUGACUCAACCAUGUCAACAGUAUGUUAUAAAACUUAAACAUAAACAUGAUAAAAUACAGAUUUAAAUUGA